UUAUUCGGCCAGAGCGUCUCUCCCCGCUGCUGCUCUUCAUCCACCUGUCUCUCUUUCUCCGUCUUAUUUAAAAAAAUGUAUUUAUUUAUUCAGUGUUUGCAUCGUCUUCAUCACACCUGUUCUCCACACCUUUAUCCUUGUCUCUUCUAAUUUCUUUUUCUUUAAUCUGUGCUCCUGAGCGCGCAGCACCUGUGCAGACUGGAGUUUGUUGGGCCGAGCGAGGAGGGCUUUUUCUUUCUCAUGUGCAUGAGUUAAAGAGAGGGAAGGAGGAGAGACGCCACCCAGGAACAGUUGACCAUCGUUUCUUGAAGAUAUGUGGAGAUUUAGGAACUGAUCUCCUGAAAAGCUUUUUUUUUCUCCAGCUGUUUUCCUUUUCUGCUUUUAAACUGAAACACCUGGAAUGAUUUAACGCGGACUGAUGGAUGUUUCCGAACUGUGCAUCCCUGACCCUCUCUGCUACCACAACCAGUUGCUAACCAGAAUGCCCUCUGAUGACCGACACUUAUCCUCCAGCUGUGGUUCCUACGUGAAAACCGAGCCUUCCAGUCCCUCCUCCUCGCUCAUAGACACCGGCAGCCACCACAGUCCCAGCGGGAACUCGGACGCCAGCGGCGGCUACGUCAACGGCAGCAGUGGACGCUCGCACGGCCUGGACUCCCCACCGAUGUUCAACCCGGGCAUGCUCGGGGGCGGCAGCUCCUGCUUACGGCGCUACGAGGAGUGCUCCGGCAGCAUGGUGGACGAUUCGCCAAUCAAGUGCGAGUACAUGCUCAAUGCCAUUCCCAAGAGGUUGUGCCUGGUGUGUGGUGAUAUCGCCUCGGGGUACCACUACGGGGUGGCCUCCUGCGAGGCCUGCAAAGCCUUUUUCAAAAGGACGAUACAAGGGAAUAUUGAGUACAGCUGUCCGGCCACCAACGAGUGUGAAAUCACCAAGAGGAGACGGAAGUCCUGCCAGGCGUGCCGCUUCAUGAAAUGUCUCAAAGUUGGCAUGUUGAAAGAAGGUGUACGUCUGGACCGGGUGAGAGGGGGUCGACAGAAGUACAAGCGAAGGCUUGAUGCAGAAAAUGGCUCCUACCUCGGCAUCACAAUCCCCCCUCCAGCUAAAAAGCCACUGACAAAGAUCGUUUCCCACCUGCUGGUGGUGGAGCCAGAGAAGAUCUAUGCCAUGCCUGACCCAACUAUGCCCGACGGAGACAUCAAGGCUUUGACCACCCUGUGUGACCUGGCUGACCGCGAGCUGGUUGUCAUCAUUGGCUGGGCCAAACAUAUCCCAGGUUUUUCCACACUCUCACUGGCCGACCAGAUGAGUCUACUGCAGAGCGCCUGGAUGGAGAUCCUGGUGCUGAGCAUCGUGUUUCGCUCACUGCCCUGCGAGGAUGAGAUCGUGUAUGCCGAGGACUACGUGGUGGACGAAGAGCAGGCGAGGAUCUCGGGCCUCCUGGACCUGCAUGUUGCCAUCCUUCCGCUGGUUCGUCGCUACAAGAAACUCCGCAUGGAGAAGGAAGAAUUCGUCACGCUCAAGGCCAUCGCACUCGCCAACUCCGACUCCAUGCACAUAGAAAACAUCGAAGCUGUCCAAAGGCUCCAGGAUUCUCUACAUGAGGCCCUGCAGGAUUUCGAAGGCGCCCAGCAUCCGGAGGACCCCCGACGGGCGGGCAAGCUGCUAAUGACCUUGCCUUUGCUCCGUCAGACGGCCACCAAGGCCGUCCAGCACUUCUACAGCAUCAAAAUGCAGGGCAAGGUCCCCAUGCACAAACUAUUCCUCGAGAUGUUGGAGGCCAAGGCUUGACAUCCGGGUCACAUGCUUGACAGACAGCUGCAUCACCCGAUCGGAGAUGAUGGACAGCCCGUAAGAAAUAAAGGUGGCGUGCCAACAGACAGUUGAAAGAUGAAGCCUGGACUCUGGAGUUAUUUUAACACUUUUAAACAGUAAUAAACAUAAAAAAAGGGACUUGGCAUAGUUUUAAAAAAGGGUGAUUAUCAACCUGAUUGAAGUGGGAUCAUGAUUCUGUAUAUAGAGAUGUUGUGUACAGAAAUCAGGCAACUGAGGUCUUGUUAUAACCAGAGGCCUGUUGCUCUAUAUCACCUGAUGCUUCUGUGAAUUUGUUUCUUAUCUUAUUUUCAUCUGAAAAUGAAGGUGGGAUAAUAUAAAUGUCUUGAGCUGUACAGCUGUGUAGCCACAUUACGUGUUUCUGUUUCCUGGUCCCAUGUUUUCUAAUCUCAGCGGUUAAAGCAAUAGUCUCUUAACUGGUCGACAUAUAUUCUGUGUACUGUAUAUUGUGUGAAAUUGCACUGGGCACAGGGGGACAAUUGUGAGACGUGUUCUUGAAUUUGUUGUCAGAGAAAGUCACCUGAUUCUCCAUUUCCUCGUGAUAUAUAUUUACCUCACAGUAGCUUCAUCGACUCAGAGGGUCGGUCAACCUGGUGCUUACAGAAAGACAGCGGUUGGCUGGUGGUUAUUGCUGACUUUCUAAGCAUAUAUGAAUAACGUGGCAAUAAUGGGCACUGUGCAAGCAAGCUCCGUCUGAGUGUCACUGUUGCUCUCGACGGUUGAACCCCUUCCUGAUUUCUCUCUGUGUUCACCAUGUGCACAUACUGGCAACUAGACAUGCUGUGAAUCAUAACCAUGAGAAAUAUAAGCUAUAUUUUGCGCUGAGGUUUAAACUGAACUGUACGACUGUGUGACAAAAUACCAUCAACAGCUAUUGAUAUAAUGCAAUCUAAUACUCUGUGUCCUGAAACCUAACAACUCUGCAAUAAAUACUACAUUACACUACUUAAAGGGCACUGUAAUAGAUUGCAUCAUAUUGUAGGGUUUUUCUUCUCAAACGUCACUUUAUUGAGAGUCUGGGGGCCCAUUGGACAUCGUCUGAUGACUGAUGUUCCCUAGCUGGAAACCCCACAAGGUAACAAAGGGAAGACUGGCCUGCCAUCCUAGUUUCUUUGAUACAUGAGUUAGUCUGGUUCCUGUAGAUUCACGUUGAUCUCCAGGGGACAGUAGCGCAGGAGAAACAGCCUCUCGAUGACACUUGAAAGGCAGAGAACCAUCCCAUGUAGACAGAGCAACAGCCAGACUGGUAUUAACAAAAGACA